AUGGAUUUGCUUUUUAGAAUGAAUAAUUGCGGUAUCCUUGUUACUUCUGACUGUCGUCUUGAUCGAUUUGUGAUGAUGAUUGCUAUAAACGUUCGAGUCUUUUUAAUAUUGGCAUAUCUACUCGUAGUAGCCGUUAUUGAUCCUCCUAAUCCUUGCCAGCCGUUAAAGGCAUGUGAAGUAUGUAUUGCUAAUCCGGAAUGUGCAUGGUGCGCCGACUUUAAAUAUGAAGGAGAAAAUCUCUAUCGUUGCGAUGCUGCAGAUAAUCAUGAAGUUCAAGGCUGUGAAGAUAUUGUCAAUCCUCAGUCUUCCUUAGUAAAUAGAACUGACGUUGACGAUGAUCUUGAUUCUAUCUUACUGAAUAAUUUUACGGAUUCAGUAUUACAACUACCCCGGUUUAAUGUUAAGCUUCGAACAGGCCAACCAGUACAAAUCAGCUUCAAUAUUGUGUCUACCCAACGGAGCCCUGUCGAUAUGUACUUUCUAUACGAUAUAUCGCGAUCAAUGUAUGGUGAUCUAGAUAUGCUGAAAAAGCGAGCCAUUACCUUAGCUCUCGAAAUGAAAAAAUUAUCCAGGGAUACAAGGUGGGGAUUUGGAACAUUUGUUGAUAAAUUUGUUUCGCCGUUUCGGUUACAAGCUAAAGAGAAAUUGGUUAAUCCUUGCAAUGACGGUGAAAAGGAACCUCUCCAAUGUAUUCGACCUUAUUCAUUCAGGAACAAUUUAUCGCUUACCAAUAACAUGACUAGUUUUCAGGAGGUUGUCAACGCUCAAAUGGUAUCCAGUAAUCUGGAUGCUCCUGAAUCAGGCCUAGACGCCCUUUUGCAACUUUCCGUUUGUAAUGAAAUAAUAAAUUGGCGACCAUAUGCCCGACAUAUCGUUGUUUAUGCAUCAGAUGCUGAUUUCCAUUAUGCUGGCGAUGGCAAGUUAGCAGGAUUAGUUAUUCCAAAUGACGCUAAAUGUCAUCUAAGCGAACAUGGAGAACAUGAAACAGAAACAGUAAUGGAUUAUCCUUCCAUUGGUCAGUUAAAAGAGAAAUUAAGAGAGAACCGAAUUAUACCUGUAUUUCUAAUUAGAAACCGAUAUCAAUCGUACGGUGCAUUUGCUGAACUAUUAGAUAAUUUACAAGGAGUAAUGGGAUGGUUGGGACAUUUAGAAGCUGAAUCGAGUAAUAUUCUUGGUUUAAUUAACUCAAGUUAUGAUGCCGUGUCUACUACAAUAGAGUUAUACAACGACCCAACAGAUUUACUGAAAUUUGAAUACUUUUCAAAUUGUACCAAAAUAAAUGUCCAUGUUGUUGGUGUUGGAGACUUAGUUGUGGAAAUAGAACAUCUAUGUCGGUGUGGUUGUACUAGAAAUACAACUGUCAGCGAAAAAUGCUCAUAUAAUGGUACACUACGUUGUGGUCAAUGCAAUUGUAACCGUGGAAGAUCCGGAGAUUUCUGUGAAUGCGAUGCAAGUUUAUCUAAUACUGUCCGCGAUUGCGAUGUCACAGAUAAUAGUACUUGUAAUUAUAGAGGCCACUGUGUUUGUCAACAAUGUCAAUGUAACCAGGAUGACCGAGGCUUGAUAUAUGGGAAGUACUGUCAAUGCGAUAACUUUACGUGUCCUGCUGAUAGAAACGGCAAUUUAUGCUCCGGCCAUGGAAGAUGCGACUGUGGAACAUGUAAAUGUAACCAUGGCUGGACUGGUAUUGACUGUGGUUGCACCUUAUCCAUUGCUCAGUGUAUAGAUCCAAAGAGUAGGAAAAUAUGUAAUGGCAAAGGUAAUUGCAACUGUGGUACUUGUGAUUGUCAUCCAAAAAGUGGAUAUAACGGAAAAACAUGCCAAUCAUGCCUGUUCUGUCCGACAGCAUGUGAUGUACAUGGGCAAUGUCUAUCAUGUUGGUUACACAAACAACCAGUAUGCAGUGAUUACUGCAACAAUAUUACUAUUACUAAUGUGACUGAGUUAGAUACCAGAGAUGAAUGGUAUUGCUAUGUGCAAGACAUCAAUAGUUCCUGUUACUUUAAGUUUAUUAUCGAAGGCGAAACAAAUAGAAAUUUACUCACAAGCGUUAGUUGUCCUGUAUUUAUCAGCCAGUCGGUCCUUAUCGUCAGUAUAAUGGUAAAUAUUGUCGGGUUCGGCCUACUUUGUUUAAUCGCUUGGAAAAUAGCUGUAACUAUAAAGGAUAAGAUUGACUAUCAAAAAUUUACUAAGAAAAUAUGGGUCAAUGCCAGCAUUCAGGUGCAACUAAGCAAUUUUCCUGUUAUGUUACUUCAAAUUGAAGACAGAAAUAAAAAAGUAUGA